CCCUCUCUCUCUCCUGCUUUCUUCAACAGACCACAGGAUGUGAAGAUCCCCCAAAAUGUCCGCAAAUUUCGGACGCCGGCUAUACGCCCAUCUUUGGGAAUCGGCACAUCCAUUCCUCGGCCGCAUACGACCGAAUCGCGUGCCCGGUCCCGACGCUUCCUCGAGAACCGCCUUUGACUCGAUUUUCGCCAACCAUAGACGCUUAUCGUCAGCCCCCGGAAAGCCCACCCAGCUAACGCGGCGAUUUGCUUCUGGGGGAUUCCUGGUGCUCGUGUCUCCAAGCUCGACAGCGGCAGAAACUAGCGCCGCGUGCAUUAUUCCAUCAAAAAAGUUGACUGCUCAGUAUAUCUGGAAGCGCGCUUUGCAUACUCCGAAUGACCGUUUACGUGAAGGAGCCUCUUCUAAAGACUCAAAAUCUCCGAAAGAUGACGAACACCCUCAAAAAGUCCAAAAGACUGAUGACCAUUCCCCUCCUCACUCCUCCCCUUCAAACGCCUCUCAAGAUUCGCCCCCAUCUACGUCUUCAUCCACACCUCCUCAUCGCCACCAUUUAAUGGACCGUUUGCCGCAUAUGCCGCAUGUACAUCGACCCACAAAAGAAGAGCUUCUGGCUGCAGCAACUGGAUUUUGGUCGCGCCUCAAGGUGCGAUUCAAGUGGUUUUCUAUCCGCAGUGUCCGACCUUACAACUUGGAUGAGAUUACGGCGCUUUUCUCAUGGGUUCUUCUCGGUCAUGUGGUUUGGGUAGUUGUUGGAACUACAACAUUUUUCUCACUUCUCAUCCUUGCUAUCAAUACAGUCUUUGCGCAAGAAACACUCGCUGGGUGGGUUGGUAACUACUUGACCAAGUCAUCCGGAGUCAAGGUUGUCUUUGAAUCCGCUAUUGUCCCCAAGUGGAGAGGCGGCGUUAUUACGUUCAAAAAUGUUUUCGUGUCGAGGCGGCCUGGCCAAGGCACUGGCUACGUUAGCAAAGGUUCCCCCACGACGGCCGCUGCAGCCGCUGCCGCCGCGGCUCGCGGUGAACAUGAAAACGGGUCCGAGGAGUCGGCCGUGCCCGAGGAGGAAGAUACAAAUUACACCCAAUUCGACCUCUCUAUCGAAACCGUCAAUGUGACUUUAUCAUUCACGAAAUGGCUCAACGGAAAGGGCCCUCUUCGGGAUGUCGAAGUCAAGGGUAUUCGAGGUGUCGUCGAUCGCCGCCACGUCUGGUGGCCAGCCGAAGAUUUAGACCCUUUGUCUUAUCGUCACGAGCAUAACCCCGGCGAUUUCGAGAUUGAUUCAUUCAAGAUGCACGAUGUGCUUGUUUCAAUCUAUCAGCCUGACAAUUUUAGACCAUUCUCUGUCAGCAUCUUCUCUUGCGACCUUCCACAGCUCCGAAGGCAGUGGCUCUUCUACGAUUUCCUUUCCGCCAACAUGAUGUCCGGAUCCUUCGAUAACUCACUUUUUACAAUCCACCCCCGCCAAACCCAUGGCUUUACCGGAGCUCGCCUGGAAGAUGGCAUGGAGGAAGAUGGCAAACCCAGCCCAUGGAAGAAACAUAACCGUAUCCGGGUCGAUGGACUGAAUAUCGACCAUCUCAACCGUGGUGUCCAAGGUCCAUUUUCAUGGAUUCACGAAGGAACCGUAGACAUUGUCGCGGAUAUCAUGCUCCCCGUCGAAAACGACGAGAGCAUCGCCAAGGUCAUGGCAGACUUCUACGACCGACUGGAAGCCACUGUCACCUCCAACCAAUACACCGAGACCUUGUCUCAACGAUCUCAAAAAGACCCCGAGUCAUUAUCAGAGGCCGAUAAGCGCUUCAUUGCAAUGGAUCUACGCGUCAAUCUCAACAACGUCCGAGCCGCAGUUCCAAUCUUUACCCGAGACCUCUCCUAUAUCAACAACGCCCUCAUUCGACCAAUUGUCGCAUACAUCAACUCCAAGCGCACUUUUAUCCCUAUCAAUUGUCGUCUCGUCAAACGUGCCAGUGACUUUGAUGGAAGCUGGACUAUCUUCGACAGUGGCUUGAUGGACGACCUCUCAGCAGCCACUUAUGAUGCGUUUGCACGAGACGUUGUAGACGAUGAAGCCCGCAAACGGCGUUUCAAGAAGGUUGGAUUUUGGUCCCUUCAGCUGGCGGCCCAGGCCAUCUUCAUAGGCAUGGCCGGCAACAUCGCAUGAUUCUGUACAUUCAUACCUUAUCUCAUGAGUUUUCUUCUGCAUUUGGUGCGGAGGAAGCCAUCUUGGCGUUGGAGGGCUCUGUAUCAUAGCAACAUCUUUCUGCAUUUCGAGGAGUCUGGAGCAUCUCGUGGAUCUAUCCAUCCACCUUUGGUUUGUGGGCGGAAACUCGCUCCCCUCUACACAUUACUAUCAAAUCUACUGGCUUGUACCAUAUACCAUUUGCUCGUCC